AGCAGCAUGAGCAAAUCAAUUCUGAUCGUUGGCACACUCCUGGUGACCAUCUUCAUUGGCCAUCUCCCAGUUGGCCAGGCCGUCACCUGUGCCGAUGAUCCCGACGAUGCGGCCUGCAUCGAUUGCACGGCCGAAGCGAAUGUGGACAAUGCCGAGUGCACCACCACCACGGUGGCUCCCGAAGUCACGACAGCAGCUGCCGAGGUCACCACCGCGGCCGCAGCUGCAGACUCUGCCACCGACUCCACCACCGCUUCCUCCACGUCCACUACCAAGAAAAUGAUGGUCAUCAGGAAAUUCAAGCGGACAAAGACGAUGCCAAAAGUGAUCGUGACGAGGACGAGCAACAGGAGCAGUGGCAACAGGAGCAGUGGCAACAGGAGCAGUGGCAACAAGAGGAGGAGCAAAUCUGGUUAG